AUGAGACAACGCUCUUCCACAAGCCACCAUUACCACCUCCUUCAGAAGGGUCUUCCGGCCAUAUUCAUUGAUCAACUCUAUCAUCCAAAAUCGGGUCAAUCAUCAAGACAACCCGUAAUUAACAAAGAUAAUAAGAAACCAGGUUUUGCUACCACUAGUGCAGACACUGGUGGUGGUAACACUAGUGCCCAUACUAGUAGUAGCAAGCGGGAAGAAAGCGUAAUAACGAAACAGUUUUCGUUGUUACGUGAGAAAAAGAAAGAUGAGAGUAGAAAGGGAGACAUGUUACAGACACGAGACAUACGAGGGGUGGAUGAAAGAGCGGAGGAUUAUAUUUUGAAGGUUAGAGAGCAAAUGAGACUCCAAAGGGAGAAAUCGAUUCUUGAUUUUCAAGAAAUGCUUGCUCGAAGUGUAUGA